GCGUCCGGCCCGGUCCAGUCCUUCCUGGCUGGGUGGCUCAGGAACACAGCCUCUUCCUCUUUUUUUCCCCUGCUAGCCCUAUUCAGGCAGGAGCUGCUCUUCUGGGGUAUCGCGAUCCACUUAAGGAUGAGGCAGACUUGGUGACAAGCUGGUCUGAGCAGGUAUGGGAGCCUCCUGGGGAGACGGAAGAAGGGAGGAAGUUGCCUUCUGCCUGGAGAGGGUUUGGGAGGGAGAGGGAAACCUAGGGCUCCAAGCAAGGCUGAUGUUGACUGCCAGGGUUUGGGGCUGAAGCCAGGAACAGUCGCUCUCUCUGGUUCUUACUGGUAUCCCUCAUGGGGGUCCCUGACGCCAGAGCCUCCAAGGCUGCCUGUGCCAGCCCAGGGCUGCCCACAUGCCCACGUAUAUCCCAGAAUAGGCACCAGGGCAGGGAACCCAAACUAGCGUGAGUGACAGAGCAGGUGGUCAGGGAGAAACAGACAUCAAACCCAACCAGGAGAGAGAUACCGCAACAGAGAGACAGAGAAGGGAAACCAGAGACGAGAGGGAAAGUGAGACAGAGACAGGCAGAGCCUCAGAGAGGCAGGAAGUGAGCCCAAAGGGAAGGUGACAGGUUGAUGGAGAAAAGCAGACAGAGCAGAGGAACUCAUGCCUCAGGAUGCAAAAGCCACAUGGACAGGGCGUGGAGCAAGGGGCUGAGCCCUGCAAGGUCAGCCCUCCCAGAGCCAGAACUGAGCCCAGUGAGAGCAUACCCUGGGGCAGCCUGGAUUCCUGGGGGGUCCCCGGCAGCCACACGCAGUCAUGCACUAUCCAACUGCACUCCUCUUCCUCAUCCUGGUCAAUGGGGCCCAGGCCUUUCGCAUCUGCGCCUUCAAUGCCCAGCGGCUGACGCUGGCCAAGGUGGCCAGGGAGCAGGUGAUGGACACCUUAGUUCGGAUCCUGGCUCGCUGUGACAUCAUGGUGCUGCAGGAGGUGGUGGACUCUUCCGGCAGCGCCAUCCCCCUCCUGCUUCGAGAACUCAAUCGAUUUGAUGGCUCUGGGCCCUACAGCACCUUGAGCAGCCCCCAGCUGGGGCGCAGCACCUACAUGGAGACAUACGUAUACUUCUAUCGGUCACACAAAACACAGGUCCUGAGUUCCUACGUGUACAACGACGAGGACGAUGUCUUUGCCCGGGAGCCAUUUGUGGCCCAGUUCUCUUUGCCCAGCAAUGUCCUUCCCAGCCUGGUGUUGGUCCCGCUGCACACCACUCCUAAGGCCGUAGAGAAGGAGCUGAACGCCCUCUACGAUGUGUUUCUGGAGGUCUCCCAGCAUUGGCAGAGCAAGGACGUGAUCCUGCUCGGGGACUUCAAUGCUGACUGCGCUUCACUGACCAAAAAGCGCCUGGACAAGCUGGAGCUGCGAACUGAGCCAGGCUUCCACUGGGUGAUUGCCGACGGGGAGGACACCACAGUGCGGGCCAGCACCCACUGUGCCUAUGACCGCAUUGUGCUGCACGGGGAGCACUGCCGGAGCCUGCUGCACACUGCGGCCGCCUUUGACUUCGCCACGAGCUUCCAGCUCACCGAGGAGGAGGCCCUCAACAUCAGUGACCACUACCCCGUGGAGGUGGAGCUGAAGUUAAGCCAGGCGCACAGUGUCCAGCCUCUCAGCCUUACUGUUCUGUUGCUGCUGUCACUCCUGUCCCCUCAGCUGUGCCCUGCCGCCUGAGCCCCCCCAUCCCCCAUGGCCUGCUGCCUUUUGGGACUUAAACCCCAGCCUCCCCCGUCCAUCCAGCCUGGGGCUGGGGGGCUUCAGCUACAGUUGCCCUGUGACUGCAGUCCACCCCCGCCUGCCUUUUUUGGCUCUUCUUUGGUUGGGCUUGUGCCUAGAUUAGGAGUGGAAGCCAGGGGCCCCGAGGCUGGACUCAUGCCACCUGCCAGGUAGUGUAGUAUCAGGAGUGGAGACAAAGUGGGCUCUGGGUUGGGGGAGGGGAAGGGAGGGCUCAGAAAGAGGAAUCAAGAUGUUAUAUGACAAAAAGGAAAGUUACUGAGAACAAAAAUCCAGAUUGGUGAGAUAUGACACUUGUGCGGCAGAUAUGCCAAUGGGCCAUCUUUAUUGUGGAUUGGUAAGAAUCACCAGGAAACCAUUAACCCCCAAUAGCUACAAGGAGGGUGGUUAAGCCGCUACAUCAAACUCCUUCUCUGGAACCAGCAAACACCAAGAAAUAUUUCGGCUCAUUGUAAUCCGGUGAACAAUGCAGUCAGGCCUGUUAUAACUGCUGAGCAGUCAUGCUCGCACCACUUGGGUGCUGUCGUCUGUGUUGGCACAGGCUUUUGCACGGCUGGUAAAGUCCAGCCAAGGCUGGUCAACGCCAACAUCUGCACACAGAAAAUCUGCACCAGUUACAUAACCUAAAAAGCUGUGUGAACCCAGGUGCCCCGGGAAAGGGGCUGCAGGACACAGCAAAAUGCCAGCAGCGUCCCAGACCCCUCCCUUGCAUCCUCCUCUCCAGAGCUCAGGAAAAACACUGGCUGGGAUGAUAGAAGGGCCAUGUGUUAACUAUAAUCACAUUUAUGGUUUGGAACCAUCACCCCAAGGUAAAAAAUAAAUAAAUAAAAGGUAUUCCCAGGUAUGUUUGGCAAAAGAAAAUAAAGGUAAUUAAAAACCU